UAUAUUGUAGCGUUAAUACUGUAAAUGUUUUAUUGUUGUAGAGAGAGUGUGUAACUCUUGUCAAGAUGGCUGGAUGUUGUUCCAAUCUAGUUGUUACCUGAUUGUGCAUCCUGACACUCAAUGGAAGACCUGGACAGAAAGCCAACAAUAUUGCAAACAAGAGAAAGCUGAUUUGCCAGUCAUUGGCAGCCAAGCAGAACAGGAAUUCAUUCAUAACCACACUAAAGAAUACUAUGAUGACUAUCAUGGGUAUUGGAUCGGUUUGACUGACAAAGCUGAAGACGGCAAAUGGCUCUGGGUUAAUGGAAGUCGUCAGAAUCUGACUGCUGGGUAA